AUGUGGAGAGGUUAUGCAAGAGGGCAUGUAGCCAUAGCAGUGGACAAUAAAGAACCCAGUAAACUUGCUCUCAGUUGGGCCUUCGUGAAUAGAAAUUUUAUAGGUGUUAACCCUGUCAUACUAAUCCAUGUUGUUCGAACCCCACCAACAGGUAUCCACCAGGCGCAAUCCGAUGAUGAGGUUAUGGAAAUGCUAAUUCCACAUCGUAGCUAUUGUACUAAAAGAAAUGUGCAAUAUGAGGUAGUGAUAGUUCGCGACGAGAAUGUGGCAGCUGGAAUCCUUGAAUAUGUGUCCUCUCAAGUGGACAUCAGAGUAUUAGUUCUUGGCUCAUCAACUAAGAGAAGCAGAAAGAGUGCACUUUCCAGGAUAUUCAAGAAAAAGAAGAAUCGAGAGGAUGAUGUUGAGAUUGAGACUACUGUAUUGAAAUGGUUGCCACCUCACUUUCGUGUUCAUGUUAUAUACAAAGGGAAUAUGACCUCUUAUUGGGAUAACUUAGCGGCUCAAAGAUAUAAGUAUCGACGUCUAUCUCCACUCAACCGUAAUCCACGGGUCCGCAUUAAUAACUACCCAGAAGUUGAGUUGGAUUAUGAAGAAAACAACAACCCGCCAUUAAGCUUUGGAAAUGAGAGCCCAGACAACAAUGAUUCCAUCUCAUUUUAUGAAAAUUUGCAUUCUAGACAAACAGUUGGUGGAUCUUCAUCAUCAAAUAAUUUAAACUCAGAUGAUGAUGAGCCCUUGUUCUUGCUAGACAAGAUGAAAGAUGAAGUCAUAAGACAAGAAGUAGUAGGGCCUAAGAAAGCAAUAAUGGAGUUUUACCAUGAAGCACAAAUAUCAAAACAAAAGUUGAUGAAUAAUGAACUGAAAGGUUGCAACAUGAAACAAGAACAAAUAAUGAAAGAAGCUGAAUCAGAAAAAGUAUUAAAAUCUGAGGCUGCAAUUGAAGAAGUAGAAAGGUUAGCAGAGCAAGCGGUGGGGGAGAACAGAAUGUCAGAAGCACAAGCAAAAGCAGUGAUGGAAGCAGAUUCAAUGCAAAAACUUUUUGAUGCUUUGCACCAUUGUGAUGGGUGGAACUCAAUAAUGAAUAUGAUGUCUGAUCAAGAAGAAACACACAACUGGAUGUCUAGUCCAUUUCAUGUGGCAACAUGA